AUGAAUAGUCCUGAAUGGAUCACCCUCUUGAUUGGCUGUGUAGCAUGUGCACUUAAUGGAGCAGCUCAACCAUUGUUCACAUUUUUACUUGCUAAAAUAGUCGAUUACACAUCUUUUGCCAUAUCAGGAUCGAAAUUGACUCAGCGAAUUCGUUCAAAAGCUUUUGCAUGCCUACUUCGUCAAGAAGUUGCUUAUUUCGAUCGACCUGAAAAUAGUUCUGGUGCAAUUUGUACUCGUCUUUCUUCUAGUGCAUUAGCCAUUCAAGAGAUGGCUGGUACGCGAUUAGGAGCCAUCUGUGAAGCGCUCUCACUGUCAUUUUUUGGAAUUAUACUUGGAUGCUUCAUAAGUUGGCAAUUAACAUUGAUAGUUUUUGCUCCUCUUUUUAUCCUAGUCAUACUCACUUAUGUGGAUGUGCAGGUACGUCUAUGGACGAAUCAACAAUCGAAUCAAAUUCUCGAACGAGCAAGCGCGGUAAAAUCUAGUCGUAUCGCUUCAUCAAUCUCGGGUAUUGAAACGUUUUUUGAUUUAUUUGAUCGAAUACCAACUAUCGACAAUGCAUCUACUGAAGGACGAGAAUUGGGUUAUGAAACAAGAGUAGGAUUGAAAGGUAGCUUUCUGUCAGGUGGUGAGAAGCAACGCAUUGCUAUUGCUCGAGUUCUUCUUCGUCGACCUAAAGUAUUGCUCUUAGACGAAGCUACAAGUGCCAUGGAUUCUCAUAAUCAACAAAUUAUACAAGAAGCUCUUGAACAAGCUCAAAGAGAAGAUUCUACUCGAACGUCACUCAUUAUUGCUCAUCGUCUUUCAACUAUUCGUUCGUGUGAUUUGAUUUGUGCACUUGAUGGAGGAUAUAUAGUGGAAAGUGGUACACAUACAGAACUGAUACAACGACGUGGAGCUUAUUAUAGCAUGCUCGCGGAAAACAAUUUAUAA